GUGACCGACAAGACAGGUACGUCCGGAAGGCCUAUACGUUUACUAGCAAACUAUUUUAGGCUACUAUCGAUGCCGCAGUACUGUGUUUACCAGUACCACGUGGAUUUCGCCCCCAACGUUGAGUCGAGUCGCAUGCGGAGAGCAAUGAUUGGAGACCACAAGGAGAAGUUCGGCAAGUGUUACGUGUUUGAUGGCAUGUCUGAUCUCAAGACCCCAACGAGGUUAGAGCUCAAGUUGACUGAACUGUUCUCCAGACGCCGGAGCGACGGGGCGAUGGUUUGCAUCAAGAUCAAACGUGUUCAAGAGCUCGCGCCGAAUAAUCCUGACUUGUUGAGGCUGUUCAACACACAGAUGAGGCGCAACUUAGAACAUCUGGACUUCGUCCAGAUCAACAGACACUACUUUGACAAAUGCGCCGUUUCCUCAAUACCACAGCACGGUUUGGAACUUUGGCAAGGCCUUGUUACGGCUAUCGGACAGCAUGAGACAGGAGUCAUGAUGGUGACCGAUACAGUUCAUAAGGUACUGCGAAGAGACAGCGUACUUGACCUUCUGGUUCAAAUCAUGGACACGGGAAGGAGCAACUACAGAGAUGACGCCAUCAAGAAAGUAACCGGUGCAAUUGUCAUGACUCCGUACAAUAACAAGACUUACCGUGUUGACGACAUUGAUUGGGGUAAGAACCCGAGGAGCACCUUCGACACAAAGGAAGGCACAAAGUCAUUCGUGGAUUACUACAAGGCACAGUACGAGAAAGACAUCAGAGAUCUUAACCAACCUCUACUGGUUUGUCGGCCAAAGGAGAAGGACCUCAGGGCCGGCCGAACGCAGAACAUUUACUUGGUACCCGAACUUUGCGUGAUGACCGGGCUCACGGACGAGAUGCGAUCCAAUGUUAAUGUUAUGCGUGAGUUCCGAUCGAGAAAAAGAGAAUAGUGCGCUGGCCAAGCCGGU